GAAGGAGAGCCAGAAACCUCAGCCAUGCCAGUGCCGCCUCCUCCACCUCCCCCAGCACCUCCACCUCCACCAGGCGGCCCACCACCACCACCAUUCUCCCAGGGUCGUUCAUCAGCACCAAACCUGAAACAAGAGUCAGGAGGCAGAUCAGCAUUACUGUCAGAUAUUCACAAAGGGGCACGAUUAAGAAAAGUUGCAGAGGUCAACGAUCGAAGUAGUCCAGUAAUUGAAGGAGAGAAGAAAAAUGCUGGUACUGGAAAUGGUAGGAGUGCAAUGGCACCCCCAAGUGCUGGUCUUUUUGCUGGAGGAUUCCCAGUGCUUAAACCUUCCGGUCAGAGAGAUGCACCAGGAAACAAAAAUGUUCCUCAGUUUCCAGGAGUGAAAGCAAGUGUUCCAAAGCAGCAGGAUCAACCACCCAAGCCUCCACCUUCUUCUGCUCCAGCUACUAUAGCAGCUAGACCUCCACCACCAAGACCAACAAUCCUUGGUCAUUCUCCUUCAGCGCCACCUCCAGUUCCACCUUCAAACCACAAACCUCAGCUGGUGCCAAGUUCCCAAGCACCCCCACCUCCUAGUUCCCCAUUUAAAGAAAAAUCUGCAAAAGCCACAGUAGAUUUUAGUGCCCCGCCACCUCCACCGCCACCAUUAUAUACACAUGACAAGUCUUCAAGAACUCAAAGACCUAACUCCCAGUCUUUCCUGCCUUCUCCGCCUCCCCCUCCUCUUCAUCCUCCUCCAGCUCCACCAACGGGAUAUGCUGGCAGGAGAAGCCCGUCCCCUUCACCACCUGAUACCAGAGAGAUUCCACCACCUCCACCACCAGCACGUCCACCUUCCUCAUACAUGAGGAUAGAAGAGGACUCUUUUCCUACGCCACCUGAUGCUAGUGAUCUUCCACCACCUCCACCCCCUCCUUUGCAUCCAAUGUCAGCAUCAGCCAGGCGCAGGUUAUCUGAGCCAUUGCCACCACCGCCACACCCAAACGUUUCUGCUGAACAAAAUAAUGCUCCUGCACGACCACAAAAAGGCCCUCCAGGUAGACCUGUUCCUCCUGUGCAUGGACAUGGAAGACCUCAUAAAACUGCAGUGAACAGCGGUGGACGGCUAGCUCCUCCCCCACCACCGCCAAUGAGGUCACCAUCCACAGAGCUGUCCAGUAAGCCGCAAUCCAAUCAGCUGUCCUCAGGCUGGAAGUCAUCCCCGCAGAUUUAUCGUCCUCCUAGCCCUGAUGACUUUGAGUCCAAGUUCCCAUUUCACCCCAUGGAAGACUUGCCGCCUCCAGAACUAUAUGAACCAAGUGAACGGGUUUACCCAAGCAAGUGCCUUCCAGAGCCCUCCGUCCCACCACCCCAGAGACCUCAGGUAAGAUGAGACCAUUCUCUCUUCAAUGACCGAAGAAUAAAAGGGAAAAUAUCUGGAGAAGAAGGAGUCUUCAAGUUCUGGGACUUGUCUGCAGACACCAUAUUGUGUAUUUGUGAUCAGUGUGUGAUUAUGAAUUGAUAUUUAUAAAGAUAAUACAAAUGUACAUAAAAGAUAUGAAUACAUUUACAUUAGCCACGUAGAAUGGAUUGUAAUUAGUAAUACAGAGCUUGUGUAAAUGCUGGAGUAAAAUUGUAUGUACAAAUGUCAUAAAAGUUAGAGCUCAUUUAAAUGACUGAAGCUGUAUGUGACACAUCAAUGCAAUACCUAGAGAACUGUACUUUUGUUACAGUUAAUCAGGGAUGAGCUUUAAGCUGC